UUGAAUUUUCAGACUGCUUAAAUUCAGGCAGCUACACAUAAACUUUUACAAGUUUGGGGAUCUUUGUUUAUCUCCUUUUGUAGUCUUUCUAUAUUAAGUCCAAACGGAAUUAAAGGUGUAUACAAAUGUUGAAUGAACAGAGCACGUUGGCCUAGUGUAUUCACACGUGUUUGUCAGCCUCUAUUGACAGCUCGAAAGCCGCAGGGAGGUUUGGUAGCACAGCUGGUAGCUUUCUCUGUCCGGAACGUUGCAGUCAACAAUUUCAAGGCAGAUCCACUCUCGGGAUAUUGACCAGUCGGUUCAGGAUCGAUUAGAACAUUGUGUGCGCUUUAACUUUCCAACAUAUCCGUAGCACAUUCUCAGCAGCAAUUUUCGGAGGGAAUGCAUCUCCUCUUACUUCGCGCAAAAACAUGUGACACUGAAGAUGGGGGACUGGAACUUGCUUGGAAGUAUCUUAGAAGAAGUCCAUAUUCACUCCACCAUAGUGGGAAAAAUUUGGCUCACAAUUCUUUUCAUAUUUCGAAUGCUUGUUCUCGGCGUUGCGGCUGAAGACGUCUGGGAUGACGAACAAAGCGAGUUCAUCUGCAACACGGAGCAACCCGGAUGCCGGAACGUCUGCUACGACAAAGCGUUCCCAAUUUCUCUUAUACGGUUCUGGGUGCUGCAAAUAAUCUUCGUGUCAUCCCCAUCGCUGGUAUACAUGGGUCACGCAUUAUACAAGCUCAGGGCGCUUGAGAAAGAGAGGCAUAAGAAAAAGGCUCAACUGAAGGCGGAGUUGGAAGAGGUCGAGCCUAGUCUGGAGGAGCACAAAAGAAUCGAGAGGGAGCUGAGAAAACUAGACGAGCAGAAAAAGGUCAGUAAAGCUCCUCUGCGGGGUUCGUUAUUGCGCACAUAUGUUUUCCAUAUCCUGACGAGAUCAGUGGUGGAGGUGGGCUUCAUAGUGGGCCAAUAUGUCUUGUAUGGAAUUGGACUAGAUCCCCUGUACAAGUGCGAGAAGGUACCAUGUCCAAAUAGCGUGGAUUGCUUCGUUUCGCGCCCAACGGAAAAAACUAUUUUUAUGGUCUUCAUGAUAGUAAUCGCAUGUGCUUCUCUCUGUCUGAACCUUCUUGAAAUUUCCCACUUGGGAGUAAGAAAAUUGAAGCAAAAUCUAUUUGGUGAGACGGGCGGAGACGACGACAGUGCUUGUAAAUCAAAGAAAAACUCAAUGGUUCAGCAAGUAUGUGUCCUCUCGAACUCAUCGCCGCACAAAAUGGUGCAAUUAACAAUAAUGCCAGAUGGACAAAUGGAUCCUUUUCCGGUUUACAUGGCUUCUGCUGCAUCUCGGCCGAGCCAGGAAAUGCAGAGACACAACGGCAUCACCGGGGACCGCGACCAAGUACAUUUAUCGGAUCAGCACCCCAGACAGCUCCUCAGGCCCAGCCAAGACGAGAUCCACGCUCUACGCAUGCUUGCCUCCAUGGAACGUCGCAAAACUUCGGACAACCGGGAUCAUUUAUUCAACAGCGAUGACUCGAAUGGCAGCAAUGGGCCUAAGAGUUCAGGCCAAGCACCGCACGCGAAACAAUCAUCACAGUCUAGCUACAUGGAAUUGCCAGCAGCCUUGCGCAAUGCUUUGCGCAAACAGAGCCGUGUUAGCUGCUUGAACGGUGACCGAAGUGAUUCUCCCGACAGUGGUCACUAUCCUUCCAGCAGAAAGGCCAGUGUCAUGUCUCGUGGCAUGUCUGAAGGCAAGCUAACAAGUUCAUCCAGUAACCAAGCUUUGGAAAGUGGCUCCGGCUCUGAAUCUAAACGUCUGAGCCAAGGAGAGAGUCCACCGAUUACCCCGCCUCCCGCCAAUGGACGGAGAAUGUCAAUGAGCAUGAUCCUCGAACUAUCCUCCAUCAUGAAGAAAUGAAGAUGUCAAAGAAUGAAGCUCGAAUAAAGGAAAAAAGUCACAAAUUCUUAUUAGGCUAAUGGCAUAUUUGCUUCUAUCGGGCAGUAAGAAAAGAUUUACUGCGAUAAAAUUUUCAUUUGUGGCGCUAAAGUUGUUAUUUUGCUUUUGUAAAUUUCUUUUUUAUUUUUUUUUAAAUUAUAUUUCUUUGUCCGAAACGGUGUAUUUUAUGCAUCUUAAACUGCACGUGCAAUUGCAGGCUUUUGUUUGGAUGUCAUUUUUCCUGUGUGAUUUAUUUUUGCAAGGGGCACCUCCCGAACGUCAAAAUGACGCGUUGCUCCAAGAGCAGUAGGCUAAACUAAGGCAUUUUAGAUGUCCAUGAGAUGAGACAAACACGAACACUUCAAAUCUAAAAUGUAGAGAUGUAAAUCUCUCUAAUAAUGAAAGGUCCGUACUGAAAUUGAAUGCAGAUUAAAAUUUUUGAGUACGUUAUCAGUAAAUUAAGACUGCAAAUUUAAUUCAGUUACGAAGGGCUUUCAAUUUCGCUCACUGAAACGAAUACAAUUCUGCAACAUUUAAUAUCCUGGACUGUUUUGAAAGAAACGUGAA